AUGGCCGACCAACUUACUGAACAUCAAAUUGAAUCUAUCAAGGAGGCCUUCUCUCUUUUUGAUAAGGAUAACGAUGGCUAUAUCACCACCAAAGAGCUUGGUACUGUUAUGCGAAGUUUAGGCCAGAACCCGUCUCAAUCAGAACUUCAGGAUAUGAUCAGCGAGGCUAACAGCAAUGGAUUGAUUGAUUUCCCCGAAUUCUUGACACUAAUGGCCAGAAUGCUAAAGGAAAGCGAUAGCGAAGAGGAAAUUAGAGAGGCUUUCAGAGUUUUCGAUAGAGAUGGAAACGGCUUUAUUUCAACAGCAGAACUCAGACAUGUUAUGACAUCCAUUGGCGAGAAGCUUACAGAAGAUGAGGUUAACGAAAUGAUCAAGGAGGCUGAUGCCGAUGGCGAUGGUCAGAUUGACUACAAUGAAUUUGUUAGCAUUAUGCUGUCGAAAUAA